GUUCGAACCGCCAUGUUUGUGUGAGUCGGACGACUUCCUCAUCAUUCUGUGCAGUUUUACCACCGCCGGCAUUCCGGCUAUUUCCUGCUCAAAUUUGACUUCUUGGUCAUCCUUCCUUGGCGAAGACUUCAAGAUUUCCUUCGGUGGUGUAGAACUGAGUCCAGUCGGUGAGAUUUUGGAGAGAAUCGGCAGAAAAAGGGGAGGUGUGCAAACAAAAGUUCGCUCGGGCCAGUGAGCCAAGAUGGCAGCAAACUUCGACUCGAACGAUAAGAAUCAGUGGUACUUCGGCGGGAUUUCCCGCGACGAGACGGAGCGUUUGCUGCUCGGGAGGAUGCACGGGUUGUUCCUAGUCAGGGACAGUCGGACCAGGAAAGGGGAUCUAGUCUUGUCGGUGAGUGAAAACAACACAGUAAGACACUACAUCAUCAACAAACAACCAAACGGCUUCGAGAUCGGCGACCAGGAUUUUGUGGACCUCCCGUCUCUGCUGGACUUCUACAAGAUCCACUACCUGGACACGACCACGCUGACAGAACCCUGCCCGAAGAACGCCCCGGCACCUCCGCAGAUAAACACACCACCUCCCAUCAUCCAACAUCAGCAACCGUUAUACGAAAGAACGACAAUUCAGCAGGAGCAAGUACGCGGUCUGUACGACUUUCACGGAAACGAUCCCGAGGAUCUACCGUUCAAGAAGGGAGAAAUUCUGACCAUCGUGAAAAAGGAGGAAGACGAGUGGUGGCUUGCGCGCAACAAGGUCGGACGGGAGGGUCAGAUCCCCCGGCCGUACGUCGAGAGGUACACGCCAACGGAGGGCACGCCACACUACGGACAACCGAACAUUCCCGUAAAAGCCCGCGUGAUACAGCAGAGGAUACCGAACGCGUACGACAAGACUGCUUUGAAGCUGGAGGUUGGGGACAUUGUCACGGUGACGAAGAGAAACCUUAACGGUCAAUGGGAGGGGGAGCUGGACGGUAAGGUGGGACAUUUCCCCUUCACGCACGUGAAAGUCAUCGAUCCAAACGACCCAGACGACAACGAUGUGUCGUCUUGAACACGGACUAUCAGUUCAAUCAGAAACUUAUAGUUAUCAGAAGUUACUGCCACUUUUUCAUAAGGCCACACCAAUUUAAUUUGUUGGUUCACGGAUUCGCCCACUUCAUUUUUUCUGAAUCUGAUUUGCAAAAAAAAUUGGGCUUUGAAUCAAAUCCAGAUGGUUGUAUUUUGGCCCCAACAGUUGAAG